UGCUCGCGGCGUGCGGACGCGACCAUGCCGUGAUGUUUCGGCCUCUUCUACUAUUAUACAUCGCGACUUUAGUGCAGUGUGAGUAUAAGAGUGAUUUUGUGAAACAUGUACGCCAUGGUGGUCGGACCUUAAUAAGGCACGGGCGGUCCCGCGUGCAUUUCACGCGGAUGCACGCGCGCUCGCGCGAUUUGGUCGCGCAAGUGAUAGAAGCGGAGCGAAGUAGCGAGUUAGAAAGUAUCGACAAAUCUGGAGAAGAUCCUAUAGUUUCCGCUUUAAGACCAUACGGAGCACCAGACGAUGACGAUGAUGGGUCAUCCAAAAAUAACGAUGCAUUUCAAAAAUUCUUUGGAAAUUUUACUACUAAUGUAAAAAAUGAUCACCAAAUUGAUGAUGUCACAACAGACGAUGUAUCACUCUUAGACCAUCUAAUCAAUUUGGGGCAUAGUUAUGAAAACAACGAAACAAAAAUAUCCGUUGACGAUAUACUGAAUACAGAUCAAAUAAGAGAUCUAUCAAAUGAUACAGCAGAACCAGAAAAUGUUACUGUAACGAAACCAAAUGUACACGAAGAUGUUGUUACAAAAUUUCUUAGGUUGAUAGAAACGCAACAUUUGCUAGGCGAAAAUUGUACAGCCGGUACACAUUUGAAUCUUGGCGAAGGUGUUGUAGAUAGAUAUGCUCAAGAAAGAUUUAGAAUAGAAGCUGAUAUAGCAGUGAAUCGUGCAAAUAUGUUGACAAGACUAUGGAAGUACGCUGGGGCUUCAGUAAUGCACAAUGAAUAUUUGUUACAUGCGAGUGUGUUGUCUAUGGUAGAAUUUGAUGAUGAUAUAUUUGCCGCCGGCAAUUGUUAUGACCAAUUUCAGUAUAAAGAUUAUCAGUUAUUUUGUCCCUUCGCGUAUCGGUUACCAGAGGGACCAAUAUUAGCAAAGGAUCUGGCGGUUGAAUAUAAAUAUUUGAGUAACACUUCAGAAUGGUUUUACAUAGCCCGGAAGAACGCCGAGCGCGUGAUUCAAAUUCAUAAUCAAUUUAAAAGACAUUAUCACACGUACACCUUCAAUGAUACGGCGCAUACAGAGAGGGAAUCAGAUGAAAUCCUAUCAGUCACAUACGAGGACGGCAAGUGGUCGAAACCCUACUACGACUGCGGCGGAGGCAAUAUUUGGAUGUUGACAUACACCGUCCCUUUCUUCGGCUAUAGCAACGGAACCUAUUUUUUCAAGGGUACGAGUGGCAUUGACAUCGAUCUAAGGAGAGUGGACAUCGAUCAGUGUCCUUUGAAACCUGGCUCCACACAGCUCAACAUAUUUGCAGGGACAGAUAAAUGCAAGAAGAAAACAACUGAGUGCAUGCCUGUCCCUGGGCUGGGGUUCCGUCGUGGCUCCUACAGGUGCCUGUGCCGCAGAGGGUUCUACUUUCCGAACACAACUGCCGUCAAUAGAUACUACAACGGUAGCGAAAUAGAAGAGGAGUACGAAAAACAUAUAUUGCUUCAAAAAAACCUCUACUCAUUGCCGGAUGCGUUCGAAUGUUUGCCCUGUGCUGAAGGCUGUGAAGCUUGUGUGGACGGAUCGCCUUGCGUUGCCGCUCUCAACUGGGUCGUUAGAACUACAAUCUUCGCGCUCGCCUGUUUGGUCAUAACCUGCCUUCCAUUUAUUAUUUACUUUACAAUCAAGUAUGGACAUGUUAGAGUGGUCCGCGCAGCCAGUCCUGCACUCCUCAGGGUAAUCGUUCUGGGGGCUCUCCUUAUAUACUGCACGACUCUGGUCAUGUACGGUAGACCAACGGUUCUUACGUGCACAGCGAGGGUGUGGUUGCGAGAGGUCGGCUUUUGUCUCACAUACGGGGCUCUGAUGCUGAAGACUUGGAGGAUAUCAGUGAUAUUCCAAGUCCGCUCAGCGAAGGCUGUGAAGAUAUCAGACAUGUAUCUGCUGAGGCGGAUCGGCGUCAUUGUUGGGGUGGCGUGCGUUCUACUGUCAAUCAGGACCUUGGUGGCUCCCCCGGCCGUGAUAGUGGGGAGGACGAAAGAAGAUUUGAAGGCGUAUCUAUGUAAUACCGAUUGGUGGGACCAUUCAUUUACUACGCUGGAGGUAAUAUUCCUAAUGUGGGGCAUCAGGCUCUGCAUCAUGGUGCGAAAAGCGCCAUCUGAAUUCAACGAGAGUCGUUUUAUAUCAAUGGCGAUAUACAAUGAGUUCCUUCUAUCUGUCUUCCUCAAUAUAUCCAUGCUGUUUCUACAAUCGCCAGCGAAUCCAGAUCUCUUGUAUAUAAUUUUCUUCUGUCACACACAACUCACUGUGACUUUACUGCUUUGCUUCAUAUUUGGGAGUAAGGCAUACAUGGUAUACAAAGGGCAUGGCAAAGACGAUCGUGAAAAAACAGGAAAAUUUAGAUCCAGACCAGCAGAGUCAACAUACACCAUGACGACUAAUAGAAGCACACGGUUCUGUGACAAUAUGACAGAAAGGGAGCUAGAGGAGGAGUUCAGAAAAAUAUGUAACCAGCUAGAAAAAUUACGUGAACGAUGCGGGACGUAUGCAGUCGUUGCUCGUCGUAUCACAGCUAUGCAAGAUGCAGCAGCCUUGCAUGACCGUAAACCACCAGCUUCUGAUCACUCGGCCCCUCUCAAACUGAAUACAGUUUUUAGUGCAGUCGCUGAUCGGCUGAUGUGUACUGUAACACCAGCUGAAGAGUCCAGCAGUAGUGGGAGAGAUUUGCCUUUUGAAGCUCCCCCAGCCUAUAGACAUAAGACUUUCAGUCCAAGCAAAAGUGUAGAAGCGAGUAAUACAGAGCAAAGUCAAACAGAUGUGACAACUGAUUCUCCAAAACGAAGGACAGAUCUCAAUGAAGAAAACAAAGAUGAAAAACAAAAUGGUGUAUUUAAAAUAUCCGGUGAAGCAAAUUGUAGUGAUAUUCGACCACCAGAAGUGGCCAGACAGAAUAGUUUUAAUAAUAAAAGUGACAAACCAAGUGAACUCAAGUCUAGUCCAGGUAGCACAGAAACUAUGAGAGGUGUUAGAUCUGGUCAUGCAAGAACUCACGCAAUCGUUAUUAACUUAGACGAUAAAAGUCGUUUUACAGAAGAAGUCACUGUUUAAUCUGUACAUAAUUUUAAAGACUGUACUAAUAUUUCCAUUGACUUAUUUCUGAAAGUUAUACCUGAAUAUAAUUUUUUUAAUUUUAGAAAUGGUAAUGUUGAUAUUACGAAGACAAUUGAUGAAGAUUAUCUUAAGGAUAUAGGUAUUGAUGUAAAAAAAUUAUAUACAGGUAGUUUCCAAAUAUUUAAUAGAUUAGUUUUGUAUUUAUAAAUGCUAGUCUUUACUGUGAUUCAUAGAUAUUUAACAAUGUAUUGUUACACUAUAUUUGUGGUAUAAUAUGUAAAGUUUAUAGUUUUGAAAAUGCAUAUCAAAAUGUAACUUCCUUUGAAUGUAAUAUUGACGAACGAAAGUUGUGAAUGAGAAAUAAGGCAAACUUGAAUAAUACUAUUCAUAGCUCGCUAGUUUGUUCCGAGAACUUGUUACCUUUAUCUGGGAUCACUUUAGAACUUUCAUUUGUUUUAUUAGUCUUGUAUAUCAAAGAGGCGGCGUAGUUAAUUUAAGCGAUAGCAAAGUUAAUUUAAUUUAUAAAACGUGUGUAAAUAAAUGACAUUGUGGAAACCUAAACAAUUUCACUGCCAAAUUACUACAAGGAAUAAGUCAAAGAUUUGAAAAUUUUACCGAAAUAAUAACUAAACAUUUUUAAAUUAAAUAAUUUUUUUUAUAAUAUUUUAAAAUUAGCAACUUUCAUCAGGAUACAAAAAUAGUACAUUUGAAAAAAAAUCUAAUAUUAGUCGAAUUAACCCAUAUAAAGAAAAAAAAUCUAAAAAUCGGAUCGGAUCUAAUUUUCGGAUCUUUAAUCAAAACGACAAUUAAAAAUUUGAAUCGUAGAAAGAAUUAAAAAAUGUUGUACAGUUUUGGAGCAUAGCUCAACCUUGUGAUCACUAAUCUAUAUUUGAUGCAAGCGUGGUAAUUACAUAAAACAUUCGCUUAGAAUAGGAAUGAUAAAAUGAACCCCUUCACUUAUAAUUAAGUUAAUAAAUUGGCUAUUACUUUCUAACUUUGCUUUUUCGUCAUUUAAUUCAUCUAAGUUUUAAUCAAUUGUGUAACAGUUUUAAUAAUGUACAAUGUUCUUUUCUCAGAAUUGUGAUUUAUUAUUGAACGAUCUUGUAUCUUCUCUAAUUGUUAUUAUACUUAACAUGAUGUUGUAAUUUUAUUUAAUGAAACCACGUAUGCAACAAUUUUUAAGAUUACGCUUAAUACCGCAAAUUUAGCUUUUUCGUAAGCGUGAUCGUGUAUUAUAAUAUUCCUAUUGCUAUUUGUAAUGUAAAUUGUCCAGCCAUGAUGAAAGACAACUAGUGAAUAUAUUUUUGUAAAUAAUAUAUUUAAGAGAAGUGAAUAAAUUAUGUACAUGUUAUAAGUAAGUGCAAAUUUUAUGUUACGUGCCAUAUUUCCUAGCAAUAAAUAUAAUUUGAAUUUACCCUUGUAAAGAAAUCUUCGGACUGUAUUUUAUUCUAAAGAUGUUUAGAAUCCAUUAAUAUUUAUAAUAAUAAGGUGCUUUGAUAUUUCAAUUUUCUGUAUUCCUUUAAAUCUUGCUUUCAAUCGAUUUCUCUUUUUGCAAAGAUUAAAAGGGAUUCAAAUUGAUUCAAGAUUUGUAGAUAAUAAGCUUCCUCGUCUUCCUACUUGUUUCAAAUGUUACAUAUUUUAUUUGUUUCGUGUACUUUAUCAUGUACAUUUACAAAUGUAUAUAAGCAAGCAGUGUUUAUAUUUUCAAUGUGUAAAGAGUCAAGUCACAAUUUUAGUCAACUACACUUCAUGUGUAUAGAAUGAUAUACAAAUCAUCAAAAUCCUUUAAAAGGAAUAUUCUAUCAACGUAAUUCAACAUUUAUGCAAACAUUUUUCAAAAAUUUCAAUGAAAGAACAUGAGUCGGAUAUUGAUAAAAAAAUUAAACUUAGGGCUUCAGCUUUUAAUUCUAUAUGGGAGCGAUUUUGGAUUCAUGAACUUUUGUAUGAAUAUGUUUCGUAGCAUUAGUACAGUUUUAGUUAUAUGUAUCACUGAUGAUUUCUUUUCUAUUCUAUAUUUAAGUAAAAUCAUAGUUUUAUUUGUGAAAUUCGAAUGGGUCACGGUUGCAAGUGAUCCUAUAAAACGCAUUAUCUUGGUGAAACUUAUUUUCUUGCCAUCCGCUGCCGCAUACGGAAUAUUUUGAGGGUAGCUUGAGCCUACAUCGUUUUUUAUUACCAAUAUCACUGUGGCUAUCCUCAUUCAAAUAUCACUUAUAUUAACCUUAUAAUUUUAUUUCAAAUAUUUGUACUUUGUUAAAAUAUUUUUAUUAUUUAUACAUGCUACCGGUUUCGAAACUUCAUCUUUCUUCAUAUUCAUUUGAAAGCACAAAACAAAUAGUAAAUAUGGUUACAUAAAUAUCUAUGUUAUAUAUUAUAUAGAUACAAUAUCUAUAUAUUGCUCAAUAAUGGGUGUAUUAAUUAUCAGUUAUCUGAUACAUAAUAUUAAAAUGAAAAACCCGAUCGAAAUGAAUAUAGGUAUCUGACUAGUAUGUAUGAUAUCGAAGUAAGGGAUGACCUUUUAUUCCAACAUUAAUAUCUGAGGAACCCAAUAUAUAGGUUUCAAAACGAUACCAAUAAUACUAAUGCCUACUAAGAAUAUAUAUUUUUCUCAAACAUGCUUGAAAAUGUGAGUAUUAUUUUAACAAUUUUUGCGAUAAAUCAAAAUUGCCGUGCUGGCCAGAUACAUGUGAGCAGCGACCGGCAAAAGUUUUAUGAAAAUCCAUACCUGUCGUGUUUUGCGGCCAGAUAAAUUAAUAUACUACUAUUAAAAACUCAUAUCUGUCCUGUAAUUUAAAAAUGGAAUGACCUUUUACUUCAAAACAUGACUACCAAGGAGAUAACUAAUAAAAGGCUUUAUUUAAAUUUCGAACUGGUUUGCAAAUAGAAAGCUAUUUAUGGAAAAAAAACAAAGAAACAUUAUGGCGCGUGAAAAAUUAUUAUUGUUCGUUACUCAUCAUUGAACUUAAAAAGUGAAAUUGUGUUUUUGAUUUCCGCGCAUUGUUUGAGAAAAGUACUAUAGAAAAGCCUUGGCCACAACUAGACAUUGAUGGAAAUAUGUGCCUCGACUACGCCUCGGCCCAUAUUUGCACGUUCGUCCAUCAAUGCCUCAGUUGCUGGCCGCUGCAGUAAUGUACUAUUAAAAUAUACAAUAAUGUAUUACCAUUGAAUGUUCAAUUUCAGAAUUCACGAAUAUUCUUCAAUACAAUAUUGAUGGAUUUAUUUGUACUAAACGGAUUUGAUAAUUUUAUGUAUUGUUUUGAUAUUAUUGUCGUAUUUACUUAAUAAAAAAACUGAAAAGUAGAUUUACCAAAGGUUACCAAAGAAUCUUAUCGUUCACAUAAGCUGCUGUCGAAUUUUUAGAUAAUAAUAGUGGUAAGCGCUUGUAAAUUUUUACUAUACAAUCUCUGAUUCGUACAAUCACUGCAAACAUAAACAUUCCUUAUAAUAGAUAAUAAAAUAUACUAUUUAAAAUAUUUGAAAUAGCAAAAGAAACUUGACAUAACACUUGCCAUUCAUAGUGAAAAGAUCUCCUAAAAUAAUCUCUAAAUCUCUAAACAUUCCAAUGUCAUACUAGCAAUCAAGAGAUCUAGCAAUUAAGAGAUUUGAUUUUUUACAUACAAUUACCACGUAUAGUUACGUUUAAAUGGAUGUUAUAACUAAAUUAAGUACUUGAUCUAAUUGUAUAUCAAAGAAUAUUAUUAUUCAAGCCGAAACUUGCCGAAGUGUGACGAAAUUAGUGUUUUAUGUAAAUUUUCAAUUACAUUUGAAUUGUGAAUGAAUGAAUAAAUGAAUGAAAACUCUUUAUUGUUCUCCUUAAAGAAUGAUUCAGUUACAAAAAAAAAAUAUGUGUACAACUUUCAAUAUUGCUGAAAUUUUAAUCUAUACUUAUAAUAAAUCUGUAGAGAGUUCAAUUCUGUACAUGAAAUAUAUUUCCAAAAUAACUAUCAGGUUGUGAUUAGUGAUCGAUACUAAUGACAAAAAUGCAGUCAGUAAAAUUUUUAUCUAUCUGUCUGUAUGUUCGUUAUAGAAACAAAAACUACUAGACGGAUUUUAACGAAACUUGGUACUCUAUAUUAUUCUUCAUACUCCUGGGUAGGUUAUAGUAUACUUUUCAUCACGCUACGAUCAAUAGGAGCAGAGCAGUGAAGGGAAAUGUUGGGAAAACAGGAGAACUUACUCCAUUUUUAAGCUUCCGUCGCGUGUGCAGCCUUAAUGGCCACUUUUUAAAAUGUAAAAAUGUCCACCCGUGCGAAGCUGGGACAGGCUGCUAGUUAUAGAAUAAAUGUGUACAAAUCUAUUACUAGCCCUGUGGUCACGGCAUAGAAUGGGCCACUCCUUCCCGUGGGUGUCGUAAGAGGUGACUAAGAGAACUAAUUGUCGAGGGAUGGGUAGCAGCGUCUCCCUUAAAACAUGAUCCUUACAUAGAAUGGGCCACCCCAUCCCUUACCUUGGCUGUCGUAUUAGGCGACUAAGAGAACUAAUAGUCGAGAUAUAAGUAGUAGCGUCCCUGUUAAAACAUCACCAAAGAUAAACUGCGCUUGCCAAUCCAUCUGCCAAGGAUGACAACUACUUGCAAAACCCCCUUUAUGAGGGAAGCUUGUUGUAUGUCUAGCAGUGGACAGUUAAUACCUGAUAUGAGUAUAUGAUGAAACCUAUCACAAAAAUUUUUGCACCUACUCCAAAUUUUGCUUCGAAAGUUGUCAAAUAAUAUAUUUGUUGCCACAACCCAAAUUUUCAAUAAUAGAUUAUUUAAUUAACAUUUUAACUUGCUAACACAGCUCUUUUGAAUCAAUCGAAAAUAUUGAAAAUUGUUGAUUUAUUUUGCAAAUUUAACACAUAAUUCCAACAUCAACACACUUCGGUAAGCAUAGGUAUAAACACUCUUAUGCAUACAUCAUGUAUUGUCCCAUAAAAAUACCAUAAAAUAAACAAUUCAUUAUUUAAGUAAAGACAUCAGAUGUACUUGACUCGUGUGCACUUGUAUUGAAUGUAUAUUUAUAUUGAGGGAAAAGGGAUUGUUAGUAAUGGAGACUGAGAAUCCAUUGCUAGCAAUAUACCCAACCAGGUCGACCUCCUCGCGGUUCUCCCUGGAAACUAUCAUGGUUAAUUCCCGAUGAAUUCAUCAUGAUGGGCUAACUGGCCUGUUUUCAUUCUCAUCUAUCACCCUUCACUGGUGCUCCGCCAGCGUAUCCCGUUAGCGCAGGCGGGUUACCAUACCAUUUUCACCCAUCAAAAUGUAAAUAUAUUUAAUAAAAAAAAAACUUGUUGGAACUACAUUACAACUAGAUAUUAUUUAUAUUGUACUAUAUAUUUUGUAUAUAAAUAUAAUAAAUUGAAAUAUAAUGCUUCAAAUCAAACAAUAUAAGUUGCAAUAAUAUAGUGUAUAAGGCAUCGUGAUUGAGUUUCUAUCGCGUAUAAAAAUGUAAUAU